CAGACACACGGAGUGCCUGGUCUGCAGACAGACACACAGCAAAACAGGCUGUCGUACCAGUGGAGAUACAUAGACAGGCAGGAAAGGCGUGAGGCAGACAGACACACGGACACACGGACAGACAGACAGACAGACAGACAGACAGACAGACAGACAGGCAGACACACGGACAGACGUGCCUCCAAGUAGACUGCCGGACCAGUGGAGAUAACAGACAGGCGGACAAACAGCCAGGACACAAGACAGGAAGCCAGGACACAAGACAGACAGACAGACAGACAGACAGGCGUCAAGGAGUCAAGGCAGACAGACGGACAGGAAGCCUGCAGACAGACAGACAGACAGGCGUCAAGGCAGACAGACAGACAGGCGUUAAGGCAAACAGACAGACAGACAAACAGCAGACAGACAGACAGACAGGCGUCAAGGCAGGCAGACAGGCAGACAGGCAGCUAUGGAGCCUGGGGAGCAGCAGAGGCGUUGGUUCUUCCACAGGUGCAGGACCUCUGGAGACAUGAAGGGAGUUAGUAUCCUGGUGGCGCUCCUGCUCGGUGUUUGGGGGGCUCAGGCGCUGGAGAUGUCGGUUGGCAAGGUGACGACCAUCGAGGCGAUGAAUGGGAGCUCCGUCCUGCUGCCCUGCACCUACGCCAGCUGCAUCGGAAUCUUCAACCUGGAGUUCAACUGGGCCUAUAACAAGACUGACUACAUGAUUCGGGGCCUGAUCCCAAUGGAGGGUAAAGAUGCACGAAUCCAUAUGUACCCAGAAUGGUCGGACCGCGUGGAGUUUGUGGGCAACACCAAGACCAACAACAACAUCUCCAUCGUCUUGAUGAACAUCACGUUUGAGGACGCCGGGGAGUACACCUGCUUUGGCAAGAACCCCAAAGAGAAGAACAGCAAACACAGCGCCACACUCACCCUAGUGGUGGUGGACGAAAAUGUGUACAUCAGGCGCUACCUACGCGACCCAGUGGACAACACCAUCACCACCAUCAUCAUGUCUGUGGUGGGAGCCAUCAUUGGACUCCUUGUUUUGGUCAUGGCCGUCAAAUCGCUUGUCACCCGCUUUGUCCUGGACAAGAAUAAGGAGCCCCUGGUCAGCUCUACAGCCAACGACAACUCAGAGAACGGCCUGAACAGCUCCAAAGCAGAGGACAAGCCUAAGCCAAAAGCAUGAGAGGAGCGGAGAGGAGAGGAGAAGAGGGCGCCUCGUACCACGUGCCAGUGUGGCCGAGUGUGUGUGUGUGUGUGUGUGUGUAUGUGUGUGUCGACAUAUUACUGUGUGUAUAUAUGUACACAUGCAAAUAUGUAUAUACACAUAUAUGAAUAUAAUGGGGAAGAAGAGAGAGGAGGGAGGAGGUGUGUACAGACAGAGAUGAAUAUAACUAUGGACUGCUUUACUCUCUUCACCCACAAGGGGAAAUGUUAUGUAUAUUGUUUGAAGCAUAUAUUUUUUUAAAUUAAUUUUCUUAUCCUAACUACUUUGAAUUGCGCUUGAGACUGGAUUUAUGGAACGUUUGUUGGACUGGAUUAUAAGCAUCCCCAUGGCAACGUCCCCUAGUGAACAGACAACAUAAUAGUGUAAAAUAGUGAAAGCCCCAUCUGGGAAUUUCCCAUUGCCAUGGUGACACAGCACUGAUGAAAGACACGAUGCUGAUGUGCUCUUAUUUUACAUGGAGAGUAGACCGGGUUUGCAUAAAUAACUUUGCACAACAAUGUAAGUCUGUAUAUCUUGUUUGUAGAGAUCAUGUUUUUAAAUAAUUGGUGUAGGGACAAUGUGAAAGCCUUUUAAAGGGGUAUGUCACUAUUUUGGGGCUUAAUACAGUUAAAAUCGUUGGCCAGGGUUUAUAAAGGUGGUAAAGUGUCUUAUUUUUCAUGUUAAGACAAGUUAAAAGAGGGAAUAUGUCGCUAAGCUAGUGAAAGUCAAUGGAUCCGUGCUAAGCGACAUGUACUGUAUUAUAUUAAGCCCCAAAAUAGUGGCAUACCCCUUUAAGGAACCACAGCUGCUGUCACUCCUGUUCACCUGCACUGUAACAUCCACACACAGAGAGUGCAUCUUAAUAUGUCCUUAUGACCUUGCCUCCUCCGCUUGCCUCCUCCGCUUGCUUCUCGUCAUGAUGACAUCACUGACAACAGCAUUAUAUUUCAAUAUCUUACAAAAGCUCAAUUGUAGAGUCUUUUCUCAUUUGCAAUUUGGAUGGUGAAUGAAAAACAGUCUCUCAAAAGUUGUUGUGGCUAGGCUGACAGCUGGGAAACUUUAUCGUUUUCUCCACGGAGGAGGGGCCAGGAAGCGGGACGAGGAGACAAGCACAAGUGGAGGAGGCAAGGUCGCAUAUGAAGACACACUCACACUGCCACGGUCUGGCCAAAGUUUCACUGGCACGCUGCAGACCCGUCUCACCUCAGCAGUACACAUCAGCCACAGCUGUGGGAGAGAUAUUUUACCCUUUAGAUAUUUUAGUGUUUCUUAGAUGCGUAUUAACCUGAUAAUGUAUUUUUAAACGCACACACACACAUAUUUGUGUGCGCUCUCAUAAGCAUUCCAAAACAAAUAUUAAGAAGGCAAACAAAGAAAAACAAUAAACAAAUUACAAUAUAAAUAGACAAUCCCCUUGAAAAUAUCCCCAUUCCCUCCAAAAAAAAAUUGAAUGAACAUUUCCACCGCUGCUUUGAAAACAAGACUAAAAAAAAAGAGCAUUUAACGCUCAGAGGUCUGAGUGCCGUCCAGAGGGCAAUUUGACAUGUCUCCAAAAACAAAUCUGUAACUCUGUGAGUUUUUGUCAUUGGAACAUAUAAGUCACAUCAUUAGAAACCUCAGACCUUCCAGAUAUAUAUAUACCCAAUAGCUGGCCCAAUUUAAAGAAAGUGAAAAGAAAUCUUCAAAUAUUCUGUACUCUCUGCCUGUAGCAGCCACACUUAUAGCUAUUCACAUGUAAAGUACCGGUGCUUGAGUGGCUAUUCAGACAGGCGCGGUUCUUGCAUUGAGGCGUUGCUAGGCAACCGCCUUAGGCCCUCAGCUUAGUCUCCAGCUGUAGGGGCCCCCUCUGUCCCCUUUGCAAAUUUCACAUGGGCCUAUAGCUGGUAAUUGGGCCCCUUUGGACAGUAAUUCACAGAUUAAUGGUGAUUUUCAUAAAUAAUGAAUUUUGUAUGUUUAAAUUGGAAACAAGAACAACACAAUACAUUACAAAAAAAUACUGAUUCUGUGCACACCCUCUCUUUCGAGUUAAAAUGGACUAUUCCAUCCUUGCGUGCCAUGUGCGCCAGGCCAGUUCCCAAACAUUCAUACAAACACGUCUUCAGAUGAGGAGGAUAACAGUCAAGUGCCACACUCAACAAACUCUUCAAGGUCAGUAACAUCAAGCGGAGCACAAAAAAUAGGAAGGCACAAGACAUUUGCAGACAGCGUUUGCUAUGUUCAAUGUUGUUAGACUAAACGCAGCGUCACCACUUAAAAGAAACAAUUAACACCCAUAGAAGAAAACACCAGCCCUAACACCGGCAACCCCCUGAUUUUUUUUUCACAAUGCUAUGAGAAGUUGAGCAAGAAAGGAAAGCAGGCAAGAAAGCAACUCGCACAUUGAGCGUGGAGUAGGUUACUCGAUACUUCGAAUAGACUUCUCAGGCGCGCGAGCACAGGGAGAGUGAAGGCUGUGUUUCUGUUUAUCUUGUGCACGCACGUCUUCAAAGGGUUUGUUCGGGCGAAAGCUUGACAGAGAGCGCGUCUUUUGGUUUAUGUAGUAAAAGUAUCCUUGAUUAGUUUUUGGAACUUAGGGUGUCUAUAACGUCCACGAAGACAAUAUCCACGUGAAAAGGCAAGCGCCUACAAACCGCUGUUAUGUUAGAAAAUGUGUGCACCUGUCGCCUACUCUGUCAAAUUCCCACAGCGACAUUUAAAAGUCUACCAUGAUAUCCAACAUAGCCUACAACAUAGGCUAUGAGAAGUGCAGGCAAGAUGGCAACUCGCGCAUUGAGCGCGGAAUUUGCUACUUCGAUUACCUGCCACGGGCACACGAGCGAGGGGAGCGUGAACUGUGUUUCUGUUUAACCUGACUGCACGCGUGUCUCUUCUCAAUGGGUCUGUUCAGGCAGGCUUGGGUCAGGGCGACCGUUUGACAGAGAGCGCGCUUUUUGGUUUAUUCAGUAAAUAUCUCCUUGAUUAGUUUUGGAAAGUUUUAAUGUCUAACACCCAAGAGGACAAUAUCCACCUGAAAACGCCAAAUGCCUGCAAACCGCUUUCUGUCAGAAAAGAGUGUCCACCUGUCGCUUAUCCUACUACUGUCUACUCCCCACAGCAGCACUUCAAAAUCCUCCAUGAAAUCCCAAAUCAACGUCACUUCAAAUAGGUGACAGCAAGCAUGGACAUAUGAAAUAACACUUCAGUGAGGGGGGGAAAUCACUCUGCUCUCAUAUCAAAGUGAAAGUGGGAUUACAAAUUUCACAUUUCAGUUUGUUCAAUUUUUGCAUGAAAAGUUGCAAAUAUUCAUUGAAAUGUGUCCAGAAAGGGUUGUAGCCCAAGGUUUUUUUUUUGUUGAUAAUAAUUUUUUUAAUGGAAAAUCGUGAUCUAAAAUAAAAAAUAUCGAAAAAGAGAGUUUAUGUAAAAAAAAUGUGAUAUGAAAUGGGCCGAUGGGCCCCCUAACUAAAUUCGCCUUAGGCCCCCAAAUUGCUAAGUCCGCCACUGUAUUCAGAGGUGACAACACGCCCCUUUCAUCUAGGAUAAACACAGCCAUGCUGCUCACUUGGCCACAGGACAAAGAGAGUGGCAGGGGGGUGUGCUAUCAGAGCACAUGGAGAUUGACAGGGGGAUGUGGGCCAUUAGAGGUUUUUCACACCUAUCUCAUUAGUAUUCAAAUGAGACAGGCAGUGGCAUGACAUAGUCUUUCUUUUUUGCAUUUUGUAUGAAAACAACAAAACAUUUCUAAAUGCCCUUUUUACUUUUAUGCAGCCAACACAUUUGUUUACAAGAUUCAAACUUCAAAAGUCUUGGCUAGAUACAUUUAUUGUGUGUUUUCUUGCACUUUUUGAAGACCUCUGAAACCUGUUGUUUUGUACAGUUGUGUUUAUACUCAAUUUAAAUAAAACAUGU